AUGAGAGGUGGAGUCUGCCAAAAAGGCUCGGCGUUUGACUCUUACCAAGUUACACCUUACCAAGUUACUGGCACCUUGGGGGACCAGCUCAGCUCGGAGCACGGAGAGUCCAUCGGCCCUCGGAGACUUCUGGUCGGGCCUGACGUAUAUCCGGAAGGACUGCACUUCCGGUCAUCUCAUGCUUCCGUGGGACCACUCCAGACUCUGGCAGAAAGAGACCGAGUUGAGCGAGGGCUGAAGGGCGGAGAGUGUGACCCUCUUGGGGGGCCUUGA